AUGGCUUGUUUUACACGUUUCUUUCCAUCACGUCAGAAACAAAGUUUCACCCCAGAUAAAGAUGAAAACAAGGAUACGAUUUUGAAUACCAGAGAAAGUACAGUGCAAAUUGGCCGCUAUAUACGAAGAGAUGAAUCAACAUUUUUUACCCCCAAAUCGACAGAGAGUUUUAGACCACCUCGUCAAAGGCAAAGUAUCCUUAACCAUCCUGCAACACAGCCAGCUAAUGUGGCAAAUAAUCAAAAUAGUUUUGCACCAAAAGUUGCCACAACAACCGCAAGUAAUGGGACAACAUCCAGUCAAAAUGCCAUUGUCAAUAGGAGCAAUAAAAAAUUCAUAACCUCCAAUAAAGUACGAAAUGGAACCACAGCCGCAGCUGGAAUUGGAACAGGGGUUGGAGUUGGAGCUGGAACAGCGACAAAUGGCAAUGCCACCACAAAUAAAGUGAAUGGCAACAUUCAGGCUAAACAUCAUCUGCAUCAGCAACAUCCUCAGGUUGCAUCUAAAUUGAAACCAGUUAAAGAGAGAAGGCCAACGGCUUUGCCCACCCAACAACCGAAAAUUGCAGAUGCUGACGAUGAGGGGGCAAAGAAUAAUGAUAGCCAGCAGCUGGGCACCAGGAUGGCUGGUGUAGGACAACCAGCUAAAUUUUUCAUAGGAAACGGCAAGGAAGAUGAUGAGGACUAUGACUAUGGCAAUGAAGUGGAUGAGGUUGGCUGUGUUGACGAUGAUGAUGACGAUGUAGAUAAUGCAGAUGUUGUGGUGGUAAACGAAAAUGCUCCAUCAUUGAACCAUAAACAACAGCCGUCUGCAAAUGUUGUUGAUGUUGCCGGAAAACAAACAUCGUUGGUAUCUUUAUCGUCAACAUCAAAUGGCAGAUCCUCCUCGGCUUUGGCAAAUUCACUUACAAGCUCAGCUUCAACCACAACCACAUCGAAGUUACGCACUAAACUUCCCAGCACAACCAGCAAUAAACUAAGAAAAUUUGUACGUUCCGACACGACCUGCUCGCUGACAUCGUCCCAUCGUGAAGAAGAAGAGAAAGUGCAUAUACCACCACCGCCACCCUUGCCACCGCAGCCGCUUUGCCAGCCGGCCGCAUCACCCUCACUGUCGUUGAUAUCGAAAAGCAAACGUAAUUCAAAUUUCCCUGAAUCACAGGCUCGGUCGUCAGCCAGUGGCGGCAAUGAGACAACAACAACAUUGGAUUCAACAUUUACAAGUUUAACGGAAACGGAUGUGAAAACACAAGAUUCUUCAUCAUCAGCAGCAGCAACAGCCACAGCAAGGACAUCUACGCAUCAAAACGGAUAUGCUAAGACAAGAGAAUCCACUCCCUCACCCAAGGAAAGUGACAGCAGUGAUGAUGGUCCCAAAUACCAACGUGUAGAUGGUGGUCUAAUAUUUGCACGUCCUCAUUUGCCCACACAAAAGGACAUCAAAAUUGAGUACAUCGAAAAGGAUGAAAAAACACGUAAUCUCAUACGCAAUGCAAUUGAGAAAAAUGAUUUUCUCAACAAUUACAUGGAUAAGGAACGCAAAGAGAUGGUCAUCGAUGCCAUGGAAAUGUUACAUUUCAAAGCCGACGACUACAUUAUCAAUGAAAAUGAUGAGGGUUCCGAAAUAUAUGUUUCGGAAGAUGGUACAUUUGAUGUCAUUAAACAGGGUAAUGUUAUUGGACAAUUUGGUGGUGAGACAGUCUUUGGUGAAUUGGCGAUAUUGUAUAAUGCCAAACGAUUUGCAUCGAUACGAGCGGUAACAAAUGCUAAAGUAUGGAAAAUUGAUCGUGAUAAAUUCCGUAAUAUUAUGGUAAUAUCUGGAUCAAAAGAAAGGGAGGAAAAUUUGAAUUUCUUAAGAUCCGCACCGUUCCUUAAUGAUCUAUCCGAAGAAGUACUCAAUAAAGUUGUGGAUUUGUUGCAAAGGAAAUUCUAUGCCACAAAUACUUGCAUCGUGCGAGAAGGUGAUAUUGGUAAUGAAUUCUUUAUUAUUCGCGGUGGCACUGUUACCAUUAAGAAAUUAAACGAAAAUGGCGAAGAACGCGUAGUGGAUAAUCGCAAGAGAGGUGACUACUUUGGUGAACAAGCCUUGCUUAAUGCUGACUGCAGACAGGCUAGUGUGUAUGCCGAUGCUCCGGGAACAGAGGUUUUGAAGUUGGAUAGAGAAGCAUUUAUCAGUUAUUUGGGUACCAUACCUCAACUGCGAGAACUGCCUGUGGAACGUUCUGAUCCCGAGGGCCGUGACAGCAAUCGUAAAUCUGAAUUCGAUAAUGAAUAUGCAAAUAUUGAGUUAACAGAUCUAAAGAAAAUUGCAACACUGGGUGCUGGAGCCUUUGGCAAAGUCGAUUUGGUAUCGUACGAUCAAAAAACCAUAUUCGCUCUGAAGAUAGUUAAGAAAAUUGAUAUUGUUAAACAAGAUCAAAUCGAACAUAUAUACAGUGAAAAACAUGUUAUGAUGAAAUGCCGCAGUUCACCAUUUAUUAUUGAACUCUAUAAAACAUUUAGAAAUGAUAAAUUCGUAUAUUUCCUUAUGGAAGCAUGUAUGGGUGGCGAUGUUUGGACUGUGAUGUCCCAGCGUCGUUUCUUCGAUGAAAAAACGGCUCGUUUUAUAGCCGGCUGUGUUGUGGAAGCUUUUGAUUUCCUACACUCACAUAAUAUUAUCUAUAGAGAUUUGAAACCGGAGAAUUUAAUGUUAACCACCGAUGGAUAUUGUAAGCUGGUCGAUUUUGGUUUCGCCAAACAUAUACCAGCUAAUCAGAAAACACACACAUUUGCCGGCACCCCCGAAUAUGUGGCACCAGAAAUUAUACUCGAUAGAGGUCAUGAUCGUUCUGUGGACUAUUGGGCCUUGGGAAUAUUGAUAUUUGAGCUGUUGGUGGGCAAGACUCCAUUCCGUGGACAAAAUCAAAUAAAAAUCUAUCAACAGAUAUUGGGUGGUAUUGAUGUUGUACAAAUGCCAUCGAAAAUACCCAAAUCAGCACAAAAUCUAAUUCGUGCAUUGUGUAAACAGUUGCCAGCCGAACGGUUGGGUUAUCAGCGUAAGGGUAUUUUGGAUAUUAAACGACAUAGUUGGUUUGAUGGCCUGGAUUGGCAAAAGUUGCGGAAUAAACAAUUACCCUCACCAAUUAAACGACCCAUUAAUCAUUUAACUGAUUUACAACACUUUGGACCUCCGGGCGUGGAAAAUGAAGCAGAUCCACCACCAGAGACCAGUGGCUGGGAUAUUGAUUUUUAAUAU